GUAGGUAUUACCCAGUACCGGGCCCAGCUGUUUUCAAACCAGUCAGGACCAUGGCAGUCCUGGGCUCCACGCUGCUGCCACUUGGGCUGUUUCUAGGCUUCGGACUGCUGUGUUCUUCUGCCAGCUCUGCAGAUGACAUUGACAAAUGCAUAUUCUUCAGUGAGGUCGCCACCACUGGCCCAGGCAUCACAGCCAAUUCAGAUGUCUAUGACAGCAACAGAAAGUACACAGUAUGGGUUCCUGUGAAUGCCAAUAUCAGCGCUGUGGUCCUGCGAGCCGUGGAUGAGAACAACAACUCACUAGGCCUCUGGGAAAAAGCAGACAAGCUUUGCAACAGCAGCGCCCUGUAUCACCUGGAGAACUUGAAUGGCAAGCUCUUCACGGCAAACUGGGUUUCUCCUAACUCCACGAACAUAACCACAAUCGAGCUACAAGCCUUCACUAUCAAUUCCUACAACGUAGCUGCAUUUUCCUCUCUGCUACUAAGAAGAAAAGAGAUGACCAUCUCCCAGAUAUCCACGACCAGGACAACCCCAAGCCCAAACCCAAUGACAAGACACAUCUCUACAACCAGAACAACCCCAAGCCCAAGCCCAAUGACAAGACACAUCUCCACAACCAGGAUAACCCCACGCCCGACUCCAAGGACAACCAGCCUGGCCAACAAAACCUUUCUCUGCCCCAUCACAAGUGCCAUUCAGAUCCUGCUAGUCUUUCUCACCAGCAAACUCCUAUCCUAGAAGGAAGCUAGGAAAAUAAUUGUUACUGCCUCCUCUGCAUCUCCUACACUGAGUUCCAAGCUAGUACUCUGACAGGUGUGCAAAUGAAGACUUUACAUUCUCAAAAGUACAACUCUACUGCCACUGCUUUGGACAGAAAAACAGAGACCUUGGGGUCACUUGGUGGAGGGUAGCUAGUUCACUCACUGGUGGACUUGUGGCACAUAGAUGUUCAACUGGAUCUCUCAGGACACAAAUUAGGUGUUUUUCUUGUUAACUACUUAGACCUGGUCUGGGUGUAACCUGGAAUUCUGGUUCUCGGUUUCACAUGCUGACAGCCAAUUCCCUGGCCAAUGUAAACUUUUGUUCACUGCCAAAUGAUUCCUCCAUGCCUGAGUCUCUGUGGGAAAAACCUUCCCUCACUUCCAGGAUGAUCUCAGAUUUCUGACCAAACCCACUCAGGCUACACAGAGGUUCUAUGACUCAUGUCACUCAACAAGGAAAGGAGAAAGGAAUAGCCCUGAUGCUAUUGGCCACACCAGUAGCAUGUGAAGGGCUAGAAAAAAAGAAUGUAUCAAGUCUGAGCAACCUAGAAUGGAGAAUUACUAUGGUAUAAAAGAUAUUAUUUUUUUUUGUCAUACCAAAUAAGCUAUAUUUCAAACAAGAAUAAUAAAUGUGUUACAUUCAAAUAUAA